GGGUAGGAUAUAGAUCGGGAUGCCCAGAAGUGCUGACCAAUUAGGUUGAUGCAAUUUGCAUGCUGUCCUCCUUGGAGAUUGUUGACCAAGCCAAUCAUGAAAUCACAUAUCUUGUCUUCUUGAGCUAUAUUCAUCGACUAGGACCUCAUAAGUAAGUACACGAACGUAGCCGAGUUUCAUCCAAUUGACUUAUAUAUUCCUGGUUUAUCUCAUCAGAAACUGUGCGAGCCCUUGUUCGGAUUCCAGCCAAAGGCAACUCAGCUCAUGAUGGGCUGGCCAUAUGAGUUCCUCACUCUAACAGUUGAGGAAAAGCACCAGCGUCGCCUGAGCCUCGACUACUACGCACAUAUAGCACAUCUCUCUGCUUUCGUACCGGCGCUAUUAUUUCUCGUCAUUCGACUCGUCAAUCGUGUGCGCAAGGGCCGUAACAGCGGGUAUCAUCAAGUUCCAGGUUCACCAGGCGUCAAAGCGAAUCGACAACGAUGGAUCUCUAGAGUUAUAGAUAAAGGCCCCAUUGUGCAGUGGUGGCUAGGUGAGGACGUAGUAUUCAUGGGAAGUAAUUGGGGACAACGUGAUGAAUGGGUUUUGGGUACUGCUUGGACAGCAUGGCUGUUAGUCCUGAGCGUUCAUGGCACAGGCAAGGACUAUCUACAUCUCACAAAGCGAGUGGGCAUCGUUGCAACAUCUCAGAUGCCUAUCCAGUAUCUCCUGGCUCUCAAAGCGCUCAACCCUUACGCAUACCUGCUUCACUCAUCUCACGAGCAUCUCAAUCGAUAUCAUCGUGUGCUUGGUCGCAUUAUCUACUCCCUGCUCAUACUCCAUGCUAUCUUAUACAACAUCUUCUUCAUAGAAUCUGGCAUAUGGUUCAAACGUUUCUUCGCCCCGGUUGUAUUUGCAGGUGUUGCUGGCUUCACUGUUCUCCAUGUGCUUAACGGUACAGCCAUGGCUCGCGUUCGUCAGGCUUCAUACCGACUCUUCUUCAUCGUUCACCUCUUUGGAGCCUUUGCUAUCCCCCCAUUAGUCUACUAUCAUGCACCGUCCUCACGGUUCUAUAUUGCCGAGGCCGUUGGUGUCUUCGUUCUUGACCUUGCUGCACGAAAGAUCACCACCAUCACAGCUCCCGCUACCAUCGAAGCUAUUCCUAGCACAAGUCUCGUCAAAGUCUCUGCCAAGCUUCCAGCUCCAAAGAUUGCCAAGUACACCAGCCGCCCCGGAUCUCACAUCUAUCUCAGCGUCCCUGCGGCUUCGCGACCAGGAAUUGGGCAAUUUUCAGCUCCUUAUCUCGUCUUCGAGUUUCUUUAUAAUCCCUUCACUGUGGCAUUUACCAACCAGGAGACGGGUGAGUUGACAUUCGUCGCACGCACAAGAAAUGGCCCCAUGACGAAUCGUCUGCACCAUCUAUCCUCAACUACCAACGCUGGAGGGUUGACUGAGAAGGUCGAACUUAAUAUUGAGGGCCCUUAUGGUGCCAUUGGAAAGACGUUCAACGACCUCAUCAAUUCAGGUAUCAGCCGUAUACUCAUUGUGGCUGGUGGUGUGGGAGCAACAUUUGCUGUACCACUCUAUCACGCUGUUCUAGCUGAGAACUCAACCACGAAUGUCCAGCUCGUUUGGGCCGUUCGAAGUGCAGGCGACGCAACCUGGGCCGCCUCGACUCCCACUGGCAAGUCUCUUCUCGACGACGAUCAAGUGCAGCUCUUCCUCACAGGAGACAUGGGUGUUGCCAAUGACAGCGACAACGCAGCUGGUGUUGAAAUGAACAACUUAUCUCAACCGAGCACUCGUCCUGUCGUUCGAAACAGCAAAAGGCCUGAUCUACAAAAGAUCGUUGACGAUACGUUCCAAAAGGGUCAGCAGGAUAGUGUGGCUAUUCUGGUCUGCGGUCCUGUCGAGAUGAGCCGAGAGCUACGCAAGAGUGUGACGCCGUGGGUGAUGAAGGGACGCAAAGUCUGGUGGCACAAUGAAAGUUUUGGAUGGUAGAAGGGAAGGCGAUGUAUGACGAUCACCAUGGCAGCUCCUUUUCAGCCUGAAGGAUGUUGGUUGAGAGUGUCGAGUUAGCAAAUAGAUCACACAAAACAGCAACGUCGGUUCUAGAAGUAGCUGCUUUGCGACCCCUGGACUGUCUUGAAGGUGGUUGGUACGAAAGCGUUGUCGCGUGUAGAAAACUGUAGAGACGGUUAUGCCUUGCAGAGAAGACCCUUUACCACCGGGGCCUGGUUCAAGAGGUCAGUCAUGCCCCCACGAACCUGGCAUCGCAGGGAAACUCGAAAAGAAUAGGAAGCUGCUCCAAUAGUGAGCGCACUAUGAAUAUCUAAAGACCACGUUGGGUAUCUUAGGUUCAAAACACCAGCCAUACCUCAUCCUAUAGCAAUUCGGUAUAGGAUGCACACCGAUACAACACCGCCGUCGUUAAAGGCCAUACUAUCAUAUUCUAUGCUCGCG